GACAUCAGUGGGAAUUAAAGUGCUCAGAAAUGAUUCUUUGAAAAAUUAUGCAGCAACACUUAGAGAUCUUUAUAUUGAAGAUGCUAGAGAGCUUGAAGAAAUAGAAGAUAAUCUGUUGCAAGACUGCACCCAGUUGAGGACCCUAUACAUCACUCAAGCUCCCAAAUUGAAAAGUAUACCUAAGGGAGUUUUCUCGGCUGUUCUUCCUAAAUUUAAAAUGCUGAAAAUAGCCCACUCAGGUCUGGAAGCUAUACCAAAUAUGAAUCAACUGCGGACAAAUUCAACCAUCAUAGCGAUGCUAGAUUUUGACAGCAACAAGAUUAAGAAUAUUACGUCAAGCUCCAUAAAUGUCAAAGCCGAAAAUCUAAUUUUGGACCACAAUAACAUUGAAGUCAUUGAAGAUUGGUCGUUCCAUGAUUCCCAGAUUGCAAAAUUGAGUUUAAAAGGUAACAGAAAUCUCCGAUUGAUCACAGAAGAUGCUUUCACUGGCCUUAAAAAUUUGAGAUCAUUGGAUCUUUCAGAGACGAGCAUUCGAAUGCUGCCAACUCGAGGACUGAGUUCUCUGGAAACUCUGAAAAUUACGGAUACAUUUGCCAUGAGGAAGUUCCCUUCGGUGUUACAUUUUCCAGAAAUCAAAGAGGCCCACCUUACAUAUCCUUACCAUUGCUGCGCCUUCAAAUUCCCAAUUACUCACGAUCCUAAGGAAUUUACUCGACUACAAUCAUUAAGAAGAGAUCUUCACAGACGAUACUGCGCCUCCACUACCACAGAUUAUCCUACAAGCCAUGUAACCGCCUCGAUGAUUGAGAAACGAUAUGUAUCUCGGGCUGCUCCUGAAGACGAAAUCGAAGAUAACGAUGAGAACAAAAUUAUUUAUGGUGAAUUAGUAUACACAGCAUCACCAGAUCAAAACCGAAGUGAUUGGGAAAUGGACUUCAAAAAACUGCUUGAUUGCGAACUUACGCAAGGAUGCUUCCACCCUGUCGUAGGGAAUCCUGCAGCGCAGCAGUUUCCAUUGAAUGACCCACAGUAUUUCGAAUCCGAGGAACUCUUCCGGUGGCAAAACUGUUCGUUUUCUGAAUUGACAUCUAAUCAAUGGCAGAAUUAUGAAGAGGAAGACCAAUCACAUUUGAACUUCCAGCGAGAUUUCCAUCUUAAGACAGGUGGUAUUUUCCAUUCGGUGGCAGUCACUAUUCGUCCAGAAAAUACAUUAAGAGCCAUCUGUGGCAACUUCGCCCAAGAUUUCCGCCAUGUUACAUGCGUUCCAGCACCUGAUGCUUUCAACCCUUGUGAGGACGUGAUGGGCCAGUGGUCACUAAGAGUUGCUGUCUGGUUCGUCGCCAUCGCCGCUAUGCUGGGAAAUCUGGCCGUUCUAGUCGUCAUCCUCAGCGCCCGGUCUACGAUGACUGUCUCUAAGUUUCUGAUGUGCCAUCUUGCUUUUGCUGACUUCUGUAUGGGAUUAUAUUUGAUGAUCAUUGCCAGCGUGGAUGUCCAUACUAUGGGCACGUAUUUUAAUCAUGCCAUUGACUGGCAACAUGGUGCAGGUUGUCAAGUGGCAGGCUUUUUAACUGUCUUCUCCAGCGAACUAUCAAUUUUCACUUUAACCGUAAUCACUCUUGAGAGAUGGUACGCCAUUACUUACGCCAUUCACCUGAAUCGUCGAUUACAUAUAGGCACUGCAGCGAAGGUUAUGACGUUAGGCUGGUUGUACGCGAUAGUUAUGGCAGCCCUCCCCAUCAUGGGCAUCAGCGGAUAUACUAAAACCUCUAUUUGCUUGCCCAUGGAGAACAGAAAUCUCACAGAUUUAGUUUACCUCAUAUGUCUGCUAAGUGUCAAAGGUUUUGCCUUCUUCCUCAUCUGCACUUGUUAUGCUAAGAUGUAUCUGUCCAUCAGAGUAUCAAAUAAUGGUGGCAACAGGCAGACUCCCGAUCUUCAUGCCAACAGAGCAGUGCGCUCUGACCUCUCUGUUGCUAAGCGAAUGGCUAUGCUAGUGUUCACUGAUUUCGCAUGCUGGGCUCCCAUAGCAUUUUUCGGAUUGACAGCAGUCUUUGGGAUGCCACUAAUCGACGUCACCAAGUCGAAGAUUCUUCUUGUUUUCUUCUAUCCUCUCAAUUCGUGCGCCAAUCCAUUCCUUUACGCCAUCCUCACCAAGCAGUAUCGGAGGGAUGUCCUUGCUCUACUUGCCAGAUGGGGAUUGUGCCGUCAUAGGAGUUCCUGCGUUCACGGGCGAACGUUAUCUACCAACACUCAUCACCAACAAAGAAGAGUCUCUUCUGUCAAAGCUCUGUAUAGAAAUUCGUUAGUACUCAAGGGCAAUCAAAGACAGCAAGUAAUGCUGUCUAAUAGUGCUAUGGUCCGUCAGUUUGCGGUGAAUAAUGACAGAGCUAUGAUAAAUGAUUUCUAUCCCAAUGAUGUAAAAUCUUCAGCUGAAUAUUCGGGAAGCAUAUCAAAAGAGAGUAGUCCUGCCAUUCACAGAGGUUCACCUCAUCCGAUAAAGAAUAGUUUCACCAAAGUCCACCAUCCAGAUCAACAGAUCAUCCUGCGAAGAGUUCUGGAAUUCCGAGGUUCUACCAAUGGAUCCCAAUCAACUUCACAAGUCACUACUGCAGACCACACCACCACCGACACUACAACAGAUGGCCACGUGUCAUAUGAUGAAGACGGCCUAGGAAACUCCCGUGACACGGCAGUCUGAAUGUUUUUCAAAACAGAUUAAUGAAGAGAUAUUUCAUGAGCUAUGCUGGAUGAGCCUAAGUCCCAAUCACGAUCUUAAAAAACAGUGACUGCACAUUUUAUGUAAGAGCUUUCAUUUCUAUGAAAAAAAGCUAAGUAAAUCAAAAAUGCAUUUAUAGAUAACUUAGAAUCAACAAAAAAGAUAAGGUUAAUUUAGAUAAUUUAUAGCCGAGAAUCAUCACUGGUUUUGUUGCUAAGGUUCGGUAAACAUCGGAAUUCUUUAAUAUCCUAAAGGUACCUCUGAGUAUUAUUUAAAAAUAUUAUUCAUAUUUGGUUAUAAGAAUUGACGCUACAUCAGCCUAACUUUUAAAUGGUGGUAAUUUCAUGAAAUAUCAGAAUUUUUCAACUUUUAAACCUCAGACGUUUCAGUUAAAAGUACUUCUCAGUAUUUUAUACUUUGUAUUGUUUAAAUCUAAUGCAGUAAAACCUGUCUUUAGUGAAUCUUUUAAGAGUAAAUUCGUACUUCUUUAAUCCCAUUUUAAACCUCUGAAGAAUUCUUUUUUUUUUACUUCACCCGUAUAUUAACUGUAAUUUCAUAUAUCCAUUUAAAGAAUAUAUCUUUAUGGUUAUUCGAGCGUGGGUUUUCAUUAAUUAUCUAUAAUACUUUGAAAUAACUUGCAAACCUGCUGUCCGAGUUAAAUCUUUUACAAAUUAUUUGGUGUAUUUCCAUCUACUAAUAGCACACAUAAUCUGGAGUACAGUGCCUACCUUUAUUGAGUUUAGGACAAAACGUAAACAAUCUCUUUAACAUUUCGCUGAAGAUAGCUUUUACUGUAUUUGUAGGUUAGAGAAAGAUGUGUGUUCCUUACACAUCAAACUUUUAACAGGUACUGAAAAUUUUUGUAAUUUUUUUUAACUCAUUAGUGUUUGCGACCACGUACAUGAGUUAAACUCCGAAAUAACGUGGUAAUUAACAAAUAAAAUUAUUUCAUUUUCAUGUUAGCUAUUACAGCUAGUAAAUGUAAGGAUAGUAGUAUCAAAAUUGUAAAAGCAGUUGUCGGAUAAUUUUAUGUCUACUUAUUCCGUAAGAGAAUUAAAAUUAUUCCUAAAUACAUAUGAAGUAUUUUUGCGUAUUAAAACGGCUGUAAAUUUUUAUUUUUAUUGGAAUUUAAAAACUAUUUCAUGUAUGCAUUGUGUAAUUAAGUGUAAUUCUGUACGCAGUUCUGUGGUAACUUCAGUAUUUUUCUUCUAAUCACGUAUAAACACAGCUUUAAUUUUAGAAAAAUCAUUUUCUUUUUUGGUGAAAUAUUAUUGUGAAUUACCAUUCAACUCUGCAUAUUGUGUUUCUGUGAUUUGUUAGUGUUUGAUGUAAUUAUAUGAUCAAAAAGUGUAACAAUACGCUGUUGUAGAAAGCAGUGGUCCUGUAAAAGCUGAGUCUAUUCUCAGAGUUUAUUUAUUUAAAAACGUUUGCUUAUUUUACAAUAAUUUAUUUAAAAUUUUUCAUUUAGUUUACACUUAUUUAAAAAGCUUUUUAUAUUAUAUUUAUUUAUUUAAUUAAUAUCUUUUUA